GUGGUGUCUCGCUUCAAAAAUAAAUACGCGGGUGGAAGAAAUUGUAACGCCGCGGAAUUCACGCCACUUGAGAGCAUGGAAUAGUCAGUCAACAGAUUGUACGUGCCGUUGAAGAUUGUUCGGAACCGUUCCUGUUGCUAAACGUUUUACGAUAGAAUCGACGUAAUGAAUACACCCUCGACCAGCCGCUCUCCUGUCGGCUGGCUAUCAUCUGAAUCUGUUAGUGGCUUUGGGUGUCUGACUACUUACUCUUCGUGCCCGCCGUCACCAUGACAGCAGAGGAGAUCAUCAAUGUGAAGGAGGUGGAGAUCAUCAAGGUGAUCCUGGACUUCCUCAACUCCAGGAAACUUCACAUCAGCAUGCUGGCCCUGGAGAAAGAGAGCGGAGUCAUCAACGGACUGUAUUCUGACGACAUGCUGUUCCUCAGACAGCUGGUGUUGGAUGGGCAGUGGGACGAGGUGCUCCAGUUCAUUCAGCCGUUGUUUGUGUUGUUUAUCUCUGUCCAGACAGCUGGUGUUGGAUGGGCAGUGGGACGAGGUGCUCCAGUUCAUUCAGCCGUUGUUUGUGCUGUUUAUCUCUGUCCAGACAAGCUGGUGUUGGAUGGGCAGUGGGACGAGGUGCUCCAGUUCAUUCAGCCGUUGUUUGUGUUGUUUAUCUCUGUCCAGACAGCUGGUGUUGGAUGGGCAGUGGGACGGGGUGCUCCAGUUCAUUCAGCCGUUGUUUAUUCAGCCGUUGUUUGUGCUGUUUAUCUCUGUCCAGACAGCUGGUGUUGGAUGGGCAGUGGGACGAGGUGCUCCAGUUCAUUCAGCCGUUGUUUGUGCUGUUUAUCUCUGUCCAGACAGCUGGUGUUGGAUGGGCAGUGGGACGAGGUGCUCCAGUUCAUUCAGCCGUUGUUUGUGCUGUUUAUCUCUGUCCAGACAGCUGGUGUUGGAUGGGCAGUGGGACGAGGUGCUCCAGUUCAUUCAGCCGUUGUUUGUGUUGUUUAUCUCUGUCCAGACAGCUGGUGUUGGAUGGGCAGUGGGACGAGGUGCUCCAGUUCAUUCAGCCGUUGUUUGUGCUGUUUAUCUCUGUCCAGACAGCUGGUGUUGGAUGGGCAGUGGGACGAGGUGCUCCAGUUCAUUCAGCCGUUGUUUGUGUUGUUUAUCUCUGUCCAGACAGCUGGUGUUGGAUGGGCAGUGGGACGAGGUGCUCCAGUUCAUUCAGCCGUUGUUUGUGUUGUUUAUCUCUGUCCAGACAGCUGGUGUUGGAUGGGCAGUGGGACGAGGUGCUCCAGUUCAUUCAGCCGUUGUUUGUGUUGUUUAUCUCUGUCCAGACAGCUGGUGUUGGAUGGGCAGUGGGACGAGGUGCUCCAGUUCAUUCAGCCGUUGGACUGCAUGGACACGUUUGACAGGAAAAGGUUCCGUUACAUCGUCCUGAAGCAGAAGUUUCUGGAGGCCCUGUGUGUGAACAACGCCAUGUCUGCUGAGGACGAGCCACAGCAUUUGGAGUUCACCAUGCAAGAGGCAGUGAAGUGUCUUCAUGCUCUGGAGGAGGUCUGUCCCUCUAAAGAUGACUACAGCAAGCUAUGUCUGCUCCUCACCCUGCCUCGUCUCACCAACCACGCUGAGUUCAAGGACUGGAACCCCAGCACGGCGCGGGUGCACUGUUUUGAAGAGGCGUGCACCAUGGUGGCAGAGUUCAUCCCUGCAGACAGGAAGCUGAGCGAAGCUGGGUUCAGGGCCUCAGGGAACCGCCUCUUCCAGCUCCUCAUUAAAGGAGUUCUGUAUGAGUGCUGCGUAGAGUUCUGCCAGAGCAAGGCGACAGGCGAGGAGAUCACGGAGGGCGAGGUGCUCCUGGGGGUGGACAUGCUGUGUGGGAACGGCUGUGACGACCUGGACCUGUCCUUACUGUCCUGGAUGCAGAACCUGUCCCACAGCGUCUUCUCCUGCGCCUUCGAGCAGAAGCUGCUCCAGAUCCACGUGGACCGCCUGGUCAAGCCCGCCAAGGCCGGCUACGCAGACCUGCUCACCCCGCUAAUCAGCAAGCUGUCCCCCUACCCCUCCUCGCCCCUCCGCCGCCCCCAGUCCGCCGACGCCUACAUGUCCCGCUCCCUGAACCCGGCCCUGGACGGGCUGUCCUAUGGUCUGUCUGGCCAGGAGAAGAGGGGCCCAGGGGGGGACAUGGCGGGGGGGAAGGGGGUGUCUAACUACCACACGGGGGGCCAGAGUCUGAGCAGGAGUCUGAUGCUGGAGAGCUCCGAUUGCCACAGCAUCUUUGAGGAGUCGCCUGAGAGCUCCAGGACGGACACGCCCGUGGAUAAGAUGAUGAGUUCGGGCACCCUGCGCCCUGACUCCGCCCCUGGAGAGGACGCCCCAUCACCAGGCUCUACAGAGAGGAACGAGCUGCAUGACUCGACAGAGAAGUUUGAGGAGUUCUACCGGCAGCGUCUGAGGGUCCAGCAGCACCUGGAACAGAAGCAGCAGCAGAGACAACUCUACCAGCAGAUGCUGCUGGAGGGAGGGGUACAACACAGUGACCAGCCAGCCCCCGGGACAGACGCCAUGCAGCACAGCCUCACUGAGACGUUCCUCAACAGGUCUAUUCAGAAGCUGGAGGAGUUGAACGUUGGGAUGGAGAGUCUAGAGGAGGAUGUCCAGUCUCUGGCCCAGCAGUGCAAUGGUACCGGCCCCUCUCCCGAGAACAACAAUAUCGGUGACCCCGUAGGCUUGACCCCUGACCCCGCCGUGACCCUGACCCCCGAGCAGGGCCAGCCCCAUGGAGGAGGGGUGGUCAGCAGCACGCCACAACGCACCGCAGCGGGUCGGGGGGUACACCCACCGAACGAAUCCCCAGUGGUCUGCCAGAGUCCUCAAGUAGCCGGACAGCCUUCCACAUUAGACGACUCACCAGGAGCCCUAACCCGAAGUACGGAGGGGGACAAGCCCAAGGCCCUGUUUGUAGCUGUGAACACUUUGGAGGACACUCAGGCAGUGCGCGCUGUAGCCUUCCACCCCACGGGGGCGCUAUACGCUGUGGGCUCCAACUCUAAGACGCUACGCGUGUGUGCCUACCCAGAUGCACCACUGGAUACCAGUGGGGUGUCGGGUAUGACCAAGCAGCCGGAGGUUCGUUUUAAGAGGAAUAAGCACCAUAAAGGUUCUAUCUACUGUGUGGCCUGGAGUCACUGUGGAAAGCUACUAGCCACCGGCUCCAAUGACAAAUAUGUCAAAGUCCUGCCCUUCAGUGCCGAGACCUGCAACGCCACAGGUCCCGACCUGGAGUUCAGUAUGCACGACGGCACCAUCAGAGACCUGGCGUUCAUGGAGGGACCAGAGAGUGGAGGGGCCAUCCUGACCAGCGCCGGAGCCGGAGACUGUAACAUCUACACCACUGACUGCCAGAGAGGACAGGGGCUGCACGCUCUCAGCGGACACACAGGUCACGUUCUGUCUCUGUAUACGUGGGGAGGGUGGAUGAUAGCGUCAGGCUCUCAGGACAAGACUGUGAGGUUCUGGGACCUGAGGAUACCCACUUGUGUUAGAGUGGUGGGCACUGCCUUCCAUGGAUCAGGCAGUCCCGUUGCCUCGGUAGCGGUUGACCCUAGCGGUCGUCUCCUAGCGACGGGCCAGGAGGACAGCGGCUGUAUGCUCUAUGACAUCAGAGGGGGGCGCGUUGUGCAGACGUACCGGCCCCACUCCAGCGACGUGCGCUCCGUUAGGUUCUCCCCCGGGGCACAUUACCUGCUCACUGGUUCCUACGACACCAAGGUCAUGAUCAGCAACCUGCAAGGUGACUUGACGAAGCCGUUGCCCCUGACUCUGGUAGGGGAGCACGGUGACAAGGUGAUCCAGUGCAGGUGGCAUACACACGACCUGUCCUUCCUCUCCUCCUCUGCUGACCGUACCGUCACACUCUGGACACACAACCCCUAACAGACACACACGACCUGUCCUUCGUUUCCUCCUCUGCUGACCGUCACACUCUGGACACACAACCCCUAACAGACACACGACCUGUCCUUCCUCUCCUCCUCUGCUGACCGUCACACUCUGGACACACAACCCCUAACAGACACACACGACCUGUCCUUCCUUUCCUCCUCUGCUGACCGUACCAUCACACUCUGGACACACAACCCCUAACAGACACACACGACCUGUCCUUCCUCUCCUGACCGUCACACUCUGGACACACAACCCCUAACAGACACACACGACCUGUCCUUCCUCUCCUCCUCUGCUGACCGUACCGUCACACUCUGGACACACAACCCCUAACAGACACACACGACCUGUCCUUCCUUUCCUCCUCUGCUGACCGUACCGUCACACUCUGGACACACAACCCCUAACAGACACACACGACCUGUCCUUCCUCUCCUCCUCUGCUGACCGUCACACUCUGGACACACAACCCCUAACAGACACACACGACCUGUCCUUCCUCUCCUCCUCUGCUGACCGUCACACUCUGGACACACAACCCCUAACAGACACACACGACCUGUCCUUCCUCUCCUCCUCUGCUGACCGUCACACUCUGGACACACAACCCCUAACAGACACACACGACCUGUCCUUCCUUUCCUCCUCUGCUGACCGUACCGUCACACUCUGGACACACAACCCCUAACAGACACACACGACCUGUCCUUCCUCUCCUCCUCUGCUGACCGUCACACUCUGGACACACAACCCCUAACAGACACACACGACCUGUCCUUCCUCUCCUCCUCUGCUGACCGUCACACUCUGGACACACAACCCCUAACAGACACACACGACCUGUCCUUCCUCUCCUCUGCUGACCGUACCGUCACACUCUGGACACACAACCCCUAACAGACACACACGACCUGUCCUUCCUCUCCUCCUCUGCUGACCGUCACACUCUGGACACACAACCCCUAACAGACACACACGACCUGUCCUUCCACUCCUCCUCUGCUGACCGUCACACUCUGGACACACAACCCCUAACAGACACACACGACCUGUCCUUCCUCUCCUCCUCUGCUGACCGUCACACUCUGGACACACAACCCCUAACAGACACACGACCUGUCCUUCCACUCCUCCUCUGCUGACCGUCACACUCUGGACACACAACCCCUAACAGACACACACGACCUGUCCUUCCUCUCCUCCUCUGCUGACCGUCACACUCUGGACACACAACCCCUAACAGACACACACUCACGCAACACAACCCCUAAUGCAUGCACAUAGCUUGUGAACACACACAAAUAUAGACACACACACACAACCCCUAAGUCACAUAUAGUGGACAUGCAUAACCUGUAAUACACAACCUGGACACACACAUGCACCCUUCUCCUGACACUCUUUUUCCUCUUGCAGCAAGCAGGACAGUUUGUCCCGCUGUACAUUUGGUUGUGUGGCUGUCUGUGGGUAUCGUUUAGCUGUAUUUAGGUUUGAUUUCGUAUCUUGCUCAGCUCCCCUCAACAUCACUGCUUCUGUGAACAACUCUCACUUUAGCAAAUGCAUCCCCUAGGUGUGUGUGUGAGUGAAAAGGAGAGAGUGAAAAAGUGCACCAACUGACCAUUCCCUUCGCUCUAUCAUGCCAUUCCUCCACUCGCCCAUGACUCUUCACAUAUUCAUCUACAAAUGAUCUACUCCAUGUUUUGAAUAAGGAGAGGGAUGUUUUGCUACAGUGCAUUGUUUCAUAUGGUGUCUCGAGUUAUCCAGUCUCCCAAUACAGAAACCCAUGUGGGUCCCUCUCCAUUUCAGGUCAAAAAGUUAUCUGUGAGAUCUUUUCAAGAACAAAUUGACAUUCCUAAUUAGUUUGCACAGUCAGUGUUUUUGUUACAGCAUGUGUUACUAUGCUGCUAUUAUUUGAGAAGAAACCAAGGCAACGAUGUUGAGAUCUAAACUGCUCAGUACAUCAGGUCCUCCUUGAGAAGAAACCAAGGCAACGAUGUUGAGAUCUAAACUGCUCAGUACAUCAGGUCCUCCUUGAAGAAACCAAGGCAACGAUGUUGAGAUCUAAACUGCUCAGUACAUCAGGUCCUCCUUGAGAAGAAACCAAGGCAACGAUGUUGAGAUCUAAACUGCUCAGUACAUCAGGUCCUCCUUGAGAAGAAACCAAGGCAACGAUGUUGAGAUCUAAACUGCUCAGUACAUCAGGUCCUCCUUGAGAAGAAACCAAGGCAACGAUGUUGAGAUCUAAACUGCUCAGUACAUCAGGUCCUCCUUGAGAAGAAACCAAGGCAACGAUGUUGAGAUCUAAACUGCUGAGUACAUCAGGUCCUCCUUGCCAGAGAUGAAUCUGUUGCAGAGGUCGAUCAAUUAGCUAUCGGUUGCUUAGCUGUUGUCAAUACUACUACUGUGGGAGUUUCCGAUGCCUAACGUUACUGUACAAGUCUGCCCACCGUAUUUCUGCUUUAGGCUUUGUAAAUAUCGGAGUUUUUAAUGCUGAGUCCGUGUUUGGUGCAAAAUGCUGUCUUCAGACAGUUGUUGUGGUGGUUCUUGCUAUGGCUUGCCUGCAAAUAGGAAAAAUAAAAUGGUUGUUUUAUAUCGACUUGGAAGGGAAUAGCACAUCUACUUGUUGGCUUGGCCAGCUUCAGUGUGCGGUUAAGCAACACUCCCUGUGGAGUGUAGCUUUGCUUUCAUCUGCAAUGUUACUGGUUGCUACCUAGAUGGCAGGCUCUGCCUAUUUUGAAAGGGAGUAGCUUGUGCACAAUAUCUUCGAAAACGAUAUCUUCAAUAUCUUCGAAAACGAUCAACCGUAUUCAGGGUGUUUUGCGUUUCUUACUUUCAGUUUCUGUGUUUUGCACUUUGUCACUAGACACACCAUUUAAUACAGGUUUUGUUUGAUUUAGCAAAAUGCAGGCUUGAGUUUUAGGCUUUGUUCUUUGUACAGUUUCUCAUUUUAAAUUAAAAGGCCAAACUAAUAAAUAGAUGUAUUUAUUUAUCUUUUAUUAUUUUAAAAUGUUCUUGUAAUAUAGGCAUCCUGUUCUGUUGAUAUGAAAUUAGAUAGUGGUUCCAUUAUGUAGCUUUUCUAAACCUUGUUUUAAGUGACUAAGAGAAAUGAGCUUAUUGAACUGUGAUCGCUGCUGUGGUAUCUAAAUAAAAUCCUCUGACAUUUCAUACGGAA